UCAACCCCAGGGUAGCUGUUUACCUCUCCUCCUCCACCACGUCAGCUCCUGGGAGACCUCUGGUUCGGCAGCACCAUGACACAGCUCUUCCUACCGCUCUGUGUGGCUUGCCUUGCGCUGGUCUUCACCAGCGCCGCACCACCACCAACUACACAAACAGCAGAAGUUGCCAUACCUGACAGGUGCGAUGGCAUUGAGUUUGACGCCAUCACACCGGACGAGCAAGGAAAACAGCUGUUCUUCAAAGAUGGCUUCCUCUGGAAGGGCUUCCGUGGUCCGGCUCAGCGAGUCGCCGAGUCCUUCAGUGGCAUCGGUCGCGUGGACGCCGCGUUCCGCAUGCACCGGGAGGGCAGCACUGAGGACCACGAUCACGUGUACCUAUUCCAGGACCAUAUGGUGUUUAGAUAUUUCAACCAAACUCUCCAAGACGGCUUUCCCAAAAAGGUGGAACAGGAGUUCCCCGGGGUGCCGUGUCACCUGGACGCCGCGGUGGAGUGCCCGAAGGGGGAGUGUACCGCCGACUCCGUCCUCUUCUUCAAAGGAAGUGAGGUGCACCACUACGACGUCGCCACUCGGACGGUGAAGAAGAAGGAGUGGCCCCAGGUGCCGCCGUGCACCUCCGUCCUCCGCUGGAUGGAGCACUACUACUGUUUCCAGGGCAACAACUUCACCCGGUUCCACCCGGUGACGGGCGGGGUGGAGGGGGCGUACCCCAAAGACGCCCGCGCGUACUUCAUGGACUGCCCCAACGUUGGACAUCAUGGAAGUGGUGACCACAAGUUACCCUUGUGCUCAGAGGUCAAACUGGACGCCAUCACGUCGGAUGACGCGGGCAAAACCUACUUCUUCACAGGCUCCCACUACAUGCGUCUGGACACCAUCCGCGACGGCAAGCACGCCUUCCCAGCGAACCGCAUGUGGCCCGAGGUGGCAGGCGGCGUCGACGCCGUCUUCUCCUACCAAGACAAGAUGUACUUCAUCAAGGGGGACCAGGUGUUCAUCUACCUGUCGGGGGCCCACUACUCCCUCAUCGAGGGGUACCCCAAGACCCUGCAGGAGGAGCUGGGGGUCCAGGGGCCCGUGGACGCUGCCUUCGCCUGCCCCGGGGACCACACCGCCCACAUCAUCCAGGGCGACCAGAUGAAGGACGUUGACCUCUCCGCGACCCCCAGGACCGUUACCAAGGUGACGACCCUGCGCCACGCCAAGGUGGACUCGGCCCUCUGCGGGCCGGACGGCCUGAAGCUGUUUGUGGGCGGCUCGUACUACGAGUACACCGCCACCGGUGAACUGGGUGCAGGCCAGGUCGAGAGGUUGGCGUCCGCCAUCGCUCCCUCCAUGAUGGCCUGCCGCCGCGAUUAGGAAACACUGGGGACGGCCUCCUAACCCGGAGGCCUCAUGGAGCCGGACGCAGCUCCCUCCUCCUCCUCCUAACCCGGAGGCCUCAUGGAGCCGGACGCAGCUCCCUCCUCAUCCUCCUAACCCGGAGGCCUCAUGGAGCCGGACGCAGCUCCCUCCUCAUCCUCCUAACCCGGAGGCCUCAUGGAGCCGGACGCAGCUCCCUCCUCAUCCUCCUAACCCGGAGGCCUCAUGGAGCCGGACGCAGCUCCCUCCUCAUCCUCCUUUCCACGUUCCCUCAGACGCCUCUCGUCUUCCCUCCAACUCCCUCUCUCUCCAACUCCUCUCCUCCCUCUCUCUCCUCCUCUCCUCCCUCUCUCUCCUCCUCCCCUCCCUCCCUCCCUCCGUCGCCUAGCCUCCCUCCCUCCAACUCCUCUCCUCCAACUCGUCUCCUCCUCCUCACCUCCUCUCCCCCCUCCCUCCCCUCCCCUCCACCGCCUCGCCUCCCUCCCUUCAACUCCUCCCUCCUCUCCCCCCACGCUUUGCCUCCCCUCUCCUUCUCCUGAUGCCUCCUAUCUG